AUGCAAAACUCUGCUAAUAAUGUGAAUGGUCGAGUUGGUAAAUCUGUCAUUCUUCCAUCUACUUUUAUAGGUUCACCACGUUAUAUGCAACAAUGUUAUCAAGACUCAAUGGCUUUGGUAAAUGAAAAAGGAAAACCUGAUAUUUUUCUGACUAUGACGUGUAAUCCUAAUUGGGUUGAAAUACAAGAAAACCUUUUACCUGGUCAACAAGCAUGUGACCGGCCUGAUAAUGUUGCACGAGUAUUUAAUUUGAAAAAAAAACGUUUACUUGAUUUAGUUAUAAAGAAAAAAUUAUUUGGUGAAGUGACAGCUUAUGUAUAUGUCAUUGAAUUUCAAAAACGAGGUUUACCGCACUUGCAUUUACUAAUAACGUUAUCAGUAGGAUAUAAAUGGACUACUGUUGAAAUUAUAGACAAAUUUAUUUCUGCAGAAAUUCCUAAUAAAACAGACAAUUCGCAUCUGCACGAUCUUGUAAUAAAUCACAUGACACACGGACCCUGUGGUGUCUGGUGCAUGAAAGAUGGAGAAUGCUCAAAACAUUUUCCAAAAGAAUUUCAAAACGAAGCAACCAUGGAUGAAAAUGGUUAUCCGUACUAUCAAAGACGAAACGAUGGCAUUCCUGUUGAUAAAACAAACGAUCACGUAGUAGAUAAUCGUUGGGUAGUACCAUACUGUCCAUUAUUAUUGAAAUUAUUUGAUUGCCAUAUUAAUCUCGCAGCGGUAUCAAGCAUUUGUGCCGUAAAAUAUUUGUACAAGGACAUUUAUAAAGGUCAUGAUGCAGCAACAAUUAUAAUCCAAGAUUCUGAAAAUGGUAAUAUGGUUAUACAUAAUGAAAUCUAUCAAUAUCUUGAUGCACGUUACGUUGGACCUGUUGAAGCGUGUUGGCGCAUACUUAGCAAACCUUUACAAGACAAAAGUCAUUCUAUUAUUAGAUUACCGAUACAUUUACCGAAUGAACAAAAUAUAAUAUUUUCUGAAUCAGUUAAUGAGAUAAAUUUAGAAUUUUUGCAAAAUAAAAGCAGUUUGCUAUUAGACUACUUUAAAUUAAAUAGAGAUGAUGAAUCAGCAAGACAGUAUUAUUAUUAUCAAAUUCCAUCUCACUUUACACAUAAAAAAAUAAAGUUAAUGGAUGUCACUGUUACAAAGUGGCAGCCUAGAAAAAAACAUUUUAAUACAAUUGGUAGGAUGUAUUCUGUAAGUCCAGCCCAGUUAGAACUAUUUCAUUUAAGAUUAUUACUAUUACAUGUAAAAGGUGCUGUAAAUUUUGAGCAUUUAAGAACAGUUGAUAACGUCAUACAUCCAACUUUCAUUGCAGCUUGCUUAGCUUUAGGUUUAAUUGAAAACGAUGAUGAAUGGAAUACAGCUAUAAAUGAAGGAGUGCAAUGGAUGAUGCCGCAAAGACUUCGUUUCUUUUUCGUUCGAAUUUUAAUACAUUGUCAGCCUGUUAAACCAGAAGAAUUAUGGACAAAUUUUCAAGAUGCAUUAUCAGAAGAUUUUUCUACAACAUGGGAAAAAGAUAUCGCUUAUCAAAUGGCAUAUCAAGAUAUUAAUAGUAUAUUAAACAAUGAAGGUAAAAGUUUAAACGAUUUUCCUUCAAUGCCACCACUAUUGCCAAUUAAUAUUCUUCACGUUCAAGAGAAUAUCUCAUUACAAGAAAUGACUGAUAGAGGCAAUCAGAAAUUUAAUAAUUUAAAUCCUUCGCAAAAAGAGAUAGUUGAUUUAGUUAUCAAUGCUGUAGACAAUGAAAAUUAUAGUGGACCUACUUGUAUUUUUAUGAAGGGACCAGGAGGAUCAGGAAAAACAUAUGUAUAUGAAACAAUAUACGAUUUACUAACAUAA